GAAAUUGUAUAAUUUGAAAUUUAGAAAGUUUUAAUUUUUUUAUGAUUAUGUGUUUGUUAUUGAGUUUGAAAAUACUUGUUAUUAUUAGCAGACGAUCAGAUGAAGGAUCGAAGGUCGAUAGGCUUUUGUCCGCAUUAAGAGAUAUGGAUGAGUUACAUAUGUGAAUUUUUUUGUUAGCUGAGGAAAGUUAUUGUUGUUACGUAAAUGUAUGAUAGCGCGGUGAUCGUUCAAGUAUAUGUUGUCUUCUCUAGUAAUUGUUAUGAAGGUUCGUGGGUUAUGAUGUAAGCACAUCCGUUAUCUGAACUCGAGUGUAUCGUAAUGAAUACGAUGUUUAUUUUCGCAUGAAACUGUGAUAAAAGUAUUAUUUCUGGAUAACAGUUUUGGUUGGGAUGAUGCAUUUGGAUACAGCUGAUUGGUCUAUUUCGGUGGAGUGUCCAUCUUAUCAGACUUGUUUGCUGCUGUAGAGAGGAAAUCCAUGGAAAACCAUCGAAGUCCAAUUGGAAAGGAUAACAGAUCUGAUUGAGAUUUGCAUUGUUGUUAGGCGGUUUAUUUGAAGCAGAACUGUUGCGACGCCUGCGUCUCUCUAUUGUUGGAAAUGCCUUGUGGAAAAAAGUGCGAAAGAAUAGUAUGAGCAAAAGGUCUUCAAACUCCCAACGAACCAGUAACGCCUUGCAGAGGCUUGAAGCCGGGCGAAAACAUUUAGCUGCCCUCCGUUGCAUCUACAUUUUCAACGACGACUAUAGAGAAGUCUCAAGUUACUAGUUCGCGCGAAACAUAGACAAGAUGAGCGGUUUCGAAAACGUCUCAAUCUACACAAAACUGUUGACGGCAGGCACCUCUGCCUGCAUCGCAGACGCUGUCACCUUUCCAUUGGACACAGCCAAAGUUCGCCUCCAGAUUCAAGGUGAGGCUAGGUCAGUGGUCCAGAAUGGAACAGUGGCACUGCUCCGUUCACAAACAGGGACACAAUAUGGAUUAUUCGGGACCUUAGCCAACAUGGUCCGCCAGGAAGGCGCAAGGAGUCUAUACAAUGGCCUCUCAGCCGGUCUGCAGCGCCAGAUGUGUUUCGCCUCAGUGCGAAUUGGUCUCUACGACACCUUCAAGACGUUCUACCAACAUCUCAUUGACGGUAACAGCAGAUCUGGCAGCCUUAACAUUGGAGCUAGGGUGGCCGCUGGAUUGACAACCGGCGGAUUAGCCGUGUUCCUCGCGCAACCUACAGACGUAGUCAAGGUCCGCUUCCAGGCUUCGGCCAAGGGUCAGACUACCGCCCGGUACUCUUCAACCCUUCAGGCCUACAAGUCCAUCGCCACCAAGGAAGGAGUCCGUGGACUUUGGAAAGGCACCUUCCCUAACGUCAGCAGGAAUGCCAUUGUGAACGUCUCGGAGAUUGUCUGCUACGAUAUUAUUAAGGACACCUUGCUCUACUACCACUUGAUGAAGGAAGGUGUUCCAUUGCACUUCACGUCUGCCGUCAUCGCUGGCUUCUGCACAACGGUCGUCGCAUCCCCUGUUGAUGUCGUCAAGACUCGUUACAUGAACUCUGCCAAGGGAGAGUACAAGGGCGCCGCCGACUGCGGCGUUCGCAUGUUCAUGCAAGAAGGCACCAAGGCUUUCUACAAAGGAUUUACUCCAUCAUUCUGUCGCCUCGUUGCAUGGAACAUAAUGAUGUGGAUCACCUACGAACAAAUGAAGAUCCUUGUUGGCAAAUCCAUGCAGAAACGCGAAUAGAAAGGAAGCACACACGCACACAACAUAACACACAAGACAAACACACAAACGACGUGCAAACAAAGACAACAGAAGAAUUGGAAAAAAAAUAUAAGCAAAAGAAUAAAUUAAGAACAAUAAUUAAA